AUGAAGUUGUUCAAGAAUAUAUGUUAUGAGUUUACAAGAUUGCCAGAGGAAGAGAUAUUCGAAUUGAUCACUGAACCCUCGUCAGUCUUGUUUGAUGCAAUAAAAUCAGGACUCGAUUCUGCUGUGAGAUUUUUUCUUAGUCUAAAACGUCAUCUAUUCAAAGGAAACUCCAAUAAUGGACAGACCCUACUUCACUGCAUUGUUCAAUAUCGACAUUUUGAUUACUUUAGCUUUAUAAAUUUUACGAGAGAGCAGAUAAUAGGAGCAGUGGACAUUGAAGGAAAUAACCUUCUGCACAUGGCUGCACAUCUACCACUUCAAUUCCAGAAAGUGGAAAAAUUUGUUCCUGAUGAAUUAAGGAGUAUGAAAAACAAGAAGGGGAAGAGACUAAUAAAUGUAUUUUAUGAUGAACACAAAAAGUUAUCUGAUGAGAUCAAGGAAUCUGCCAAAGGAAUAGCGAAUUCUGGAAUGGUUGUGGCAACACUUGUUGCUACAGUGGCGUUUGCAGCUGCUCUGACGGCUCCAGGUGACAAGAAAAAUGACUGGUUCAUUGUUUUCAUCCUCACAAAUGCAAUAGCAUUAUUCAGUUCUUCUGCUUCUAUACUUUCUUUCUUGUCAAAUUCCACUUCAUCAAGACUAGCAAAAAGUGAAUUUGUGAUAUCAUUACAUCCCAGCUUGACUUUUGGACCUGUUUUGCUAAUAAUUUUUGUUGCUGCUAUGGUUGUGGCUUUCAUUGUGACAUCUUUUCUGAUAUUUGAAGACACAAGAAAGUUUUCAUAUGUAGUGGCUACAAUGGGGUUUUUCCCAUUACUAUUGUUUCCUCUCUUUCAAUUUAGGUUAUUCGUACGACCUCAUUUGGUCUAG